AUGCCGACUCUUACGAUCCUGCCGCCCGGGAUGCUGAAAUGCUUGAGCUCAGGAACCUCAUUGACAAGAUUGAUACCCUAUAACAGAGCAACUAGAACCUCUGUAAUGGGGGGCAUGAACUAUCAUAUUGAUGUUCGCUUUGACGAUGGAAUCAUCUGGAUAGCCCGAAUCCGCAGGAUCAAUGCUACAUCCCCUCCUCCAGCACUGCGAGAUUAUAUCCUCCGUAGUGAGGUUGCAACCCUCUUGUUCCUAGACAAGACUGCUAUUCCCGCUCCAAAAGUUCACGACUUUGCGCUUGAGAACCCAAACAACCCUGUCGGAUUUGGUUUCAUCUUGAUGGACAAGUUACCUGGCAGAUCUUUGAGAUGGUUCCUUGCGACUCAGCAGUAA